GUUUCCGUAACUGGAUGCCCUGCAACAUUCCCUAUUUACCUUUUCUUCUCUGAAAUUCACUAUCUUCUCUGCAAUUGAAUUAUUUCGUUAUUUGAUGUGAGCCUCAGAAUAGAAUCAAAUCAGAUCCAUCACUCUUGUCUCUCUUCGGGUUCGAAAUUGUAAUUAUCAACUUUUUACACUAGAUUUCGCACCCAAAUUCCACCAUUUCCGCUCCCUCCUGCAAAUCACUCCACAAUGAAUUGAGCCAUUCUGGAAAAGCACUUUUUUUUCCCUAAUUUAUUAUCCCAGAACCGUCUAAAGCGAGUUAAACCAUGGUAGCGAAGAAAGUUAUCACCAUUUGUCAGUCGGGAGGUGAAUUUGAGACAGAUACUGAUGGUGUACUUUCUUACAAAGGUGGUGAUGCUCAUGCUAUGGAAAUCGAUGGUCAAAUGAAGUUCAAAGAUUUCAAGUUGGAGGUAGCAGAGAUGUUUAACUGCAAUCUAAGUACUAUGUCCAUCAAAUAUUUCCUUCCGGCAAACAAGAAGACACUUAUCUCCAUCACCAAUGACAAAGACCUCAAGCGCAUGAUUAAAUUCUUUGGUAACUCUGACACUGCAGAGAUAUACGUAAUGAAUGAAGAAAUUGUUGAUCCUGAUGUCUCCAACAUGCCUGGCAGUAGGUCGAGUAGGACAACUUUGUCAGAAGCGGCUCCUGCUGAUGCUUCGCCAGAUAUGAUUGUAAAUGACAUGAACGAGCCUGAACUGCUACUUGAUUCCUCUUUUGAUGUGGUUGUCGAUACUAACCAUGUUGAGGCUCUUUUUGAUGUACCAACUGAAAGGCCCGUUCGUUCUAAAAUGCCUGUACCAAUUUCUUUUGUUAGUUAUGAUGAGAAAGAUGCUAAAGCUGCUGAGCAGUGGCUGAACAUUAUUACUGGGGUGGGACAAAGGUUCAAUAGUGUAAAUGAGUUUCGCGAGGCAUUACGUAAAUAUGCCCUGGCACAUCAGUUUGCUUUCAAAUACAAGAAAAAUGAUAGUCAUCGUGUAUCUGUUAAAUGCAAGGCCGAUGGUUGUCCAUGGAGAAUUUAUGCAUCAAGGUUGGUGACCACUCAGCUGAUAUGUAUUAAGAAAAUGAUUCCAACACAUUCUUGUGAAGGAUCUGCACUUACAACUGGCAUUCAGGCAACAAGAAGUUGGGUUGCUAGCAUCGUGAAGGAGAAGUUGAAAGUUUUUCCGAACUAUAAGCCCAAAGACAUUGUUAAAGACAUCAAAGAGGAAUUUGGGAUCCAGUUGAAUUACUUUCAGGCAUGGCGGGGGAAAGAAAUUGCUAAGGAGCAGCUCCAGGGUUCUUACAAAGAGGCAUAUAGUAAGUUACCACUUUUCUGUGAGAAGAUAAUGGAAACAAAUCCCGGAAGUUUAGCGACUUUUGCCACUAAAGAAGACUCGAGCUUCCAUCGCCUCUUUGUGUCUUUCCAUGCUUCCCUAUAUGGCUUCGAACAAGGCUGCCGUCCUUUGCUUUUCCUAGAUGGCAUAUUUUUGAAGUCUAAAUAUCAAGGCACACUUUUGGUAGCAACAGCUGUUGAUGGGAAUGAUGGUGUUUUUCCUGUUGCUUUUGCUGUUGUGGAUGCUGAAUCUGAUGACAACUGGCAUUGGUUCUUACUACAACUCAAAACUGCUUUGUCAGUGUGUCGUGGGAUAACUUUUGUGGCAGAUAGAGAGAAGGGACUAAAAGAGUCAAUUGCUGAAAUUUUUCAGAAUGAUGAUGUUUACCAUAGCUACUGCCUGACCCAUCUCUCUGAGCAAUUUAUCAGAGACUUGAAGGGACAGUUUUCUCAUGAAGUGAAGCGUCUUAUGGUUGAAGAUUUUUAUAGUGCUGCUCAUGCUUCUACCCCUGAAGACUUCCAAAGAUGUGUGGAAAGCAUCAAAACUAUUUCAAUAGAAGCAUACAGUUGGAUCAUGCAAAGUGAGCCUGUUCAUUGGGCAAAUGCAUUCUUCCAAGGUGCAAGAUAUAACCACAUGACUUCAAACUUCGGAGAACUGUUCCAGAGUUGGUUAUCAGAUGCACAUGAAUUGCCAAUAAUCCAGAUGGUUGAUGCCAUUCGAGGUAAGAUUAUGGAGUUGAUAUAUACCCGGCAGACAGAAUCUAACCAUUGGCAGACAAGAUUAACUCCAUCAAUGGAGGGGAAACUCGAAAAAGAAAACAUUAAAGUUAGAACCCUUCAGGUAUUAAUAUCAGCUGGUAACAGAUUUGAGGUACGUGGGGAUACCAUUGAAACUGUUGAUGUGGAUAACUGUGUUUGUAGUUGCAAGGAGUGGCAGCUUACUGGAUUACCCUGCUGCCAUGCAAUCGCUGUCAUUACUUGUGUUAACCGUGAUCCAUAUGAUUAUUGUUCUAGAUACUUCACUACUAAUAACUAUAGAGUAACAUAUUCACAGUCAAUACAUCCUGUUUCGAAUAUAGAUGGCCCCUGGCUGAAGGGCUCUUCUCAGUUGGCAGUGGCUGUAACCCCUCCUCCAACUCGUCGUCCACCAGGCCGGCCUACUACAAAGAAAAUUGGCUCACAGGAUGCAGCAAAACGUCAACUUCAAUGCAGUAGAUGCAAGGGUAGUGGGCACAACAAAUCAAGCUGUAAAGAGAUUUUGCUGGAAUGAUAAACUAUGGUUGCUCUAUUGGUGAAUCAACAUCUUCGACCGGCAAUAUUUUCUGAUGAGUUUAAUUCAAGUCUCACUUAGUUCAUCAUUCCUUUGAUCAUUUAUCUGACUUCAGGUUCUUAGUAGUGAAAAUGGUGUUGAUAAUGGAAGGAGUCUGAAUGCCAUUCAACAGCAUUCUUUUCAGCAUGUUUCUUAUAGUUCUUGGAAGGCUGAUGGUAUGUACAUAGUAACAAACUUCUGUUACUACUUUCUUGCCUGUAUGAUGUAGAACCUCCCUAACAUGCGUGUGAUCUUUUUGUUGGCUGCUAAUUCAGUCUUCGGUGUCGGUGGAUAAGAACGCAAAUAUGAUCCUGACAUGAUUAAUAAAGUGGACAGUGUUAGGUAGUCAAUAAGAAAGCGAAUCUAAAUUUGUCCGUUGAACUGUCCAGUUCAUAACGGUAUUCUUUAAUUAAAGAUGCCUGUGUUUCUUCU